AUGGGAGUCGUGCACAGAGACCUGAAGCCGGAGAAUCUCCUUCUGGCCUCGAAGACGAAGGGUGCCGCGGUGAAACUCGCAGACUUUGGUUUGGCCAUCGAGGUGGAGGGAGAGCAGCAGGCCUGGUUCGGAUUUGCGGGGACUCCUGGAUACCUGUCGCCUGAGGUGCUGAGGAAAGACCCAUACGGGAAAGCAGUGGAUCUGUGGGCCUGUGGGGUGAUCCUCUACAUCCUCCUCGUGGGGUACCCUCCUUUCUGGGACGAAGAUCAACACCGGCUGUAUCAGCAGAUCAAAGCAGGAGCCUACGAUUUCCCCUCCCCUGAGUGGGACACAGUGACCCCUGAGGCCAAAGAUCUCAUCAAUAAGAUGUUGACCAUAAACCCGACCAAGAGGAUCACCGCAGCUGAGGCCCUCAAGCACCCCUGGAUCUCUGGCGCCAUCUUGACAACCAUGUUGGCCACAAGGAACUUCUCUGCGCUCUGGUCUCAGGUGAAGGUUCUGGCUGCAGUCCUGGUUCUGGUGGUUUUGGCCGUGGUCUUCCUCAUCCUCCUCAUCGUCGUCUGGACAAAGAAACCGGUCUGGACUCUGGGAUGGAGGCUGCUGGCCAUUCCCCCUGAUGGCUCGGUGGCUUUGGUGGACCCGUCGGACCUGCCGUACGACUCUGGAUGGGACGUCCCGGAGGAGGACAUCUCUCUGGGUCAGGUGAUUUCUUCUGGAACAUUUGGGACUCUGACCGAAGCUUCAGUCUCAGGUCUGACCGGAGCCGAGUCCAGCUGCAGAGCCAUAGUCCUCACAGCCAAAGGUGGUGCUGUCCGCUCCCUACUGUCAGACCUGAAGACCUGGAUCCACAUUGGUCGUCACAUGAACGUGCUGCAGCUGCUGGGAGCCUGCACCAAACACGGGCCGCUGAUGGUUAUCUCAGAGUGGUGUUGCCAUGGAGACCUGCCCAGUUACCUGAAGAAGCACAAAGUCAGCUGUCCUUCAGGCUCCGCCCACAGUGUCAGUGACGUGUAUCUGGACAUGAGCUCAGACUCUCAGUACGUCGCCAUGAAGCAGCUGUGUGCGACCGAAUACACAACACUACACAACACAACAACAGACCCACAGGGGGCGCUGUCUGCGGAGGACCUGCUGAGCUUCUGUUUCCAGACGGCCAGAGCCCUGGACUUCCUGUCGCAGAGAAAUGUGGUGCACAGAGACGUGGCAGCGCGGAACGUUCUGGUGUCCGAGCAAAAGAUUCUGAAACUCGGAGACUUCGGUUUGAGCCGCGAUAUGAGGAGGAGCAAGGAGUACGAGAGGAGAGGCAAGGCUCGGCUCCCGGUGAAGUGGAUGUCUCCUGAGAGUAUCUUCCUCUGUGUUUACACGACUCAGAGCGACGUCUGGUCCUACGGAGUCCUGCUGUGGGAGAUCUACUCUAUGGGAGAUGUGCCGUUCCCAGAUGUUCCUCAGUCUCAGUUUUGUUCCAACCUGAAAAAAGGAAAACGACUCAACCGACCUGAGCUGGCCCCAGAUGACAUGUCUGACCUCAUGACCUCCUGCUGGGACCAGACUCCAGGACUGAGACCUUCAGCUUCUGCUUUGGUCCAAACUGUGGGGAACAUGAUGAGUCCGCAGUUUCAGCAGGUUCGAGACAGAUUCAACACAGAAGUCUACACAGAGUGUUCCGACAGAGUCUACACAGAGUGUUCUGACAGAGUCUACACAGAGUGUUCCGACAGGGUCUACACAGAGUGUUCCGACAGGGUCUACACAGAGUGUUCUGACACAAGUCUACACAGAGUGUUCCGACAGAGUCUACACAGAGUGUUCCGACAGGGUCUACACAGAGUGUUCCGACAGGGUCUACACAGAGUGUUCCGACAAAGUCUACACAGAGUGUUCCGACAAAGUCUACACAGAGUGUUCCGACAGAGUCUACACAGAGUGUUCCGACAGGGUCUACACAGAGUGUUCCGACAGAGUCUACACAGAGUGUUCGAGUGUUCUGACAGAGUCUACACAGAGUGUUCUGACAGAGUCUACACAGAGUGUUCUGACAGAGUCUACACAGAGUGUUCCGACAGAGUCUACACAGAGUGUUCCGACAGAGUCUACACAGAGUGUUCCGACAGAGUCUACACAGAGUGUUCUGACAGAGUCUACACAGAGUGUUCCGAUAGAGUCUACACAGAGUGUUCUGACAGAGUCUACACAGAGUGUUCUGACAGAGUCUACACAGAGUGUUCCGAUAGAGUCUACACAGAGUGUUCUGACAGAGUCUACACAGAGUGUUCUGACACAGUCUACACAGAGUGUUCUGACACAGUCUACACAGAGUGUUCUGACACAGUCUACACAGAGUGUUCUGACACAGUCUACACAGAGUGUUCCGACAGAGUCUACACAGAGUGUUCCGACAGGGUCUACACAGAGUGUUCCGACAGGGUCUACACAGAGUGUUCCGACAGGGUCUACACAGAGUGUUCCGACAAAGUCUACACAGAGUGUUCCGACAGUCUACACAGAGUGUUCCGACAGGGUCUACACAGAGUGUUCCGACAGAGUCUACACAGAGUGUUCGAGUGUUCUGACAGAGUCUACACAGAGUGUUCUGACAGAGUCUACACAGAGUGUUCUGACAGAGUCUACACAGAGUUUUCGUGUCUGGAGGAGAAGUUCCUGUCAGAGAAUCCUGAGGGGAGGGUCCAGACUGAACCAGGUCUGAAUCCUGAGACCAGAAACCAGACUGAACCAGGUCUGGACCCUGAGAUCAGAGACCGGACUGAACCAGCGGGACAGGGGGAGGAGCCACAGAGCACUGGCCCCGCCCCCUUUGAUGACAUCACAGUUAGUGUGGUUAACCUAGAGACGAGAGAAGAUUCUGCGCAGGACGCAGAGAUCUGA